AUGCCGACCAACACUACCACAACAACAAACCCCUUCCCACCACUUUCGCACGGAAUAAAUCAUGUUGCUGCUACCAUAGAGCUCUUCUGUGCCGACAUUGGACUCGGCCACGACAUCCAAAACUGCGAGGUCAGAGAAGGAGGAAAUAACUCCGUAAUCAUGUUCACCUAUAUCCCCUCUACACCUUCUGAUCCAACCCAUCCUCCACCAUCCAAUACCCGUCAACACUGCAUCUUACGCACUAGAAAACAGAUACUCAUCAAUUCUCUAAACGCCACAAGCGAAGCCACGAAAAGAAUCGUCGCGGUAAUGCACACCCAUGGAGAAGCAGGUCCCCAUCCAUCUCCUCUUCCUAUUCCUGCAAUUCUGGCCUAUGAUGAGACGUAUGAUAAUAUGAUUCGAUGUCCGUAUAUCAUACAGCGAAAAGCAGAAGGGAAUGGUUUGGAUAUAUGGUAUAGAAUUCUCGAUGAUGAGGGCUCAGCUUCUGAUCAAUAUCAUAUGAAGGAAAGAUUGAGGAUUGCGGAGGAAAUGGCAACAUUCAUUGCGAGCAUGGAGAAGAAUUUCCGAUUUGGGGCGUAUGGAGUGUUGGUUAACGGACCGGGUAUGCUGGGGAAGAAAAUAGGACUUCUGGAAGAGGAAAUAGAAGCGAAAGUCAGAGAUCCUCUUGUAGGUAAUGUGCAGAUUCCGGGAGAGUUGCAGCAUGUUGAUUUCAUUGAGAGUUUGAUCAAUGCUCGAGGUGAGAUUGCGGCUGCGAAAUUCGGAUGUUCGUCAGCGGAAUAUCGAAAUCUGGAGAAGUUACGGGAAGUCUUUCAGCAGGUGAGAGAUGGGGGGCUUUCGGAUUGGUACAGUGGAGUGGCUACGCUGUGGCAUCCGGAUCUGUAUCCGCGGAAUGUGGUUUUUGAUUGUGUUGAUGCUGGUGCUGGAGCGGAUAAAGAGAUGAAAUUAACGGCGGUUAUUGAUUGGGAUAAUGCAAUGGUGCUCCCCCGAAUCAUGACGCGCAAGCCACUGAAAUGGCUCUGGACAUAUAACGAUCUCCCCGCAGAGCAGAAUAGUGUGAUCAGAGAACAUUUUUAUACUCACAUGGAGAGCUUGCUUCCGGGAUAUAGAGAGGAGGCGGAGGGGAAGGAAGCGAGAGUUGUGAGGGCAGUGUAUGUGUAUGCGCUUUGGGGAACGGGGUAUGGGUAUCACUCGGAACUUUCUUUUGAGGGGUUGUUGAGGGAGUGGGAUAGGAUGGGUGUGGAGGAGAUGUUUUAG